UUGUUAUCAUCAUGCCCGAACCAGCAAAGCCAGCGCCCAAGAAGGGCUCAAAGAAAGCCGUCACCAAGUCCACCGGCAAGCCCGGAAGGAGGCGAAAGAAGGGGAGGAAGGAAAGCUACGCCAUCUACGUGUACAAGGUGUUGAAGCAGGUCCAUCCCGAUACUGGCAUCUCCUCCAAGGCGAUGAGCAUCAUGAACUCCUUCGUCAACGAUAUCUUCGAGCGCAUCGCUUCAGAGGCGUCUCGCCUGGCGCUUUACAACAAGCGUUCAACUAUCACGUCCAGGGAGAUUCAGACCGCCGUGCGUCUUCUGCUCCCGGGUGAGCUGGCAAAGCACGCUGUGUCUGAGGGCACCAAGGCAGUCACUAAAUAUACCAGCUCAAAGUAAAUCGCAUUGGCGUCAUGUCUACACAACGGUUCUUUUAAGAGCCACCAACAUACUUCUGAGAAGUUUUUAUUCCAGUGUUGAAUUUCUAGGUCAAGGAUAAGUUCA